ACUGUCACUGUCCUUUUGACGUGCGCCCAUUUCCAAAACAACACAUGUUUUGCACGUAUUUGUUUUGUGAUAGUUAAUUUUGUGGUGUUACUUCCAAAUACUCCAAAAUGCCUAAAGCUAAGAAGAAGUUCAUCGAUCGCAAAAAGGCUGUAACUUUCAAUUUAGUGCAUCGUUCACAACGUGAUCCCCUCGCCGCGGAUGAAUCAGCACCACAGAGGGUUCUGGUGCCAGUAAAUGCUGCAGUUCCUCCGAGAAAAGAGAAAGAUCCAGAUUUGACUCCAGAACAGCGGAAGGAAGAGCAGCAAAAAUAUGGCAUCUUCUUUGAUGAUGACUACAACUACUUGCAGCAUCUCAAAGACACCAGAGAAGUCACCAUGGUCAUGCAGCCUAAAACAGUUCACAAAAGGAGACCAAAAGCAGUCACAAGUGAGAACCCAGAGGACUUUGAUGAUGAGGAUGAUGAAGAGAAACCAGCCAAGUCUGUUGCAGGAACACUUCAACUGCCCAGCUCGGUGUUUGCUUCGGAAGUCGAGGAGGAUGUGGGAUUGCUGAACAAGGCUGCUACACAAGGUCUCUGCCUGGAGUUGGAUCCUGAGGUGGUGGCAGCCCUGGAUGAAGACUUUGACUUUGAGGACCCUGACAAUCAGUUGGAAGACAACUUCAUUGAACUGGCUAUGGGUGAAGGAGGAGAUGGUGACUUUGACGGUGAAGAUGAAGAUGACGAGGACGGCGACAGCGUGUCAGACGGCGAUGACUCCGACAAAGCGUUCGCUUCGGACCUCGAUUCUGAUGAUGACAGCGAUCAGCCCCGACAAAGAGGCAAGAUGGCCUCAUGGGAUGACAAGGACGACACCAAGUCUCGCUUCUCACAGUACUCGAUGUCGUCAAGCGUGAUCCGCCGCAACCAGGGCCUGUCGCUACUGGAUAACCGGUUUGAAAGGAUGUUCGCGGAAUACGACGACACAGAGCUUGGUGCUUUAGACCUGGAAGAGAUCGAAGGCUUUAUGCCUGACACCCAUGAUAUGCUGCUGCGAGCAGCCGAGGACUUCGACCAGUCCAGGAAGCGGUACCAGCUCGAUAAGGAGAAGGAGAUAGCCAGGAUACAAAGGCUACAAGAGAUAUCAGAGGAGUCCGAAGACGACCUGGUGACUAUGGAAGUGGAGCCCAAAGAAAAGUGGGACUGCGAGACUAUUCUAUCAACUUACUCCAACUUGUACAACCAUCCUAAACUCAUUGAGGAACCUAAGAAGCCCAAAAAGAUCCGAAUCAACGUAAAGACGGGCAUGCCCAAAGACGUACUUGGCAACGACAACAAACUCACGAUCAAGUCUUUGGCCAAGUUCAACGCACAGAACGAAGAUUCAGACAGUGUUAGCGAUGACGAUGGAAGAACGCACGCCGAGUCUGUGCUUAGCACUUUGAGCGUACUGUCUAUAAGACCCAAAGACGAAAGCGCAGAAGAGAAGAAAGAACGAAAGCGCCUCCUCAAAGAAUACAGAAAGGAAAGACGGAUAGAGAAGAAGGCGAACAAAGAAGCGUUCAAAGAAGAAAAGAAACGCCAGGAGAAGAUCAUGAUGAAUAACAGAAAUAACAUUCAAGGGAAUAAAAUAUGUUAAAACUGUUGUAUCUUGUAUAUCUGUCGCAGUCGGAUUGUAUAAUCCGCCGUUUUACAUUACCACUAGGCAUUUUACAUUACAGCUCUGUUUUGUAAUACGGCGGUUCAACGUUUAGGCGGAUUGUCAUUGCGAUACGUUCUUCAAUACGGCGGCCCACGUUUAGCCGCAUCGUACUACUAUUUAGAUUGUAGGGUGACCAUACUUACAAAAUAAAACUAUGUUUAAUGAAAAUAAAUUUUAAUAAGACAGA